AUGAUAUCACAACGAAGGAACUCUGCCUCCAGCGGAGACGAUAGCCUGGCCGCUAUUUGUACGCUCAUUGAGCGCAGCAAUUUGGAUCGAAAGUCCAAGCUUGACAGCACAGGUCGCAUUUGCUACGAGCUCAAAAAUUAUCCGCUGCUGCUGGAUUCAUUUCCUCUGGAACGACUCAUGAAGGCUAUGCGUCGUCUUGUUUGUGAUUCGGAUACCUCCACGCGCGCUGGGGCGCUCAGAGCGCUGCGCUACGCCAUCAGCAGUAGUAUUAGCAUCAAGCAUUUUGUUGACCUUAACUUGCCAGUUUUUCUGGUACGUUCAUUAGAGCGAGAACAAAAACAUUUGGCUGAGCGUGUACAGGCUUUAAAAGUCGUGCGGAGGAUCAUUGAGAUUGACGCGGCGCAGAUGCCGACUGGACUGGUAGCUUCGUUAACAGCCAUUGCAGGCCACAAAGACGACAAUAUGCGACGUGUGUGCUUAGAGACACUGCGAGAAUUAGCUUUAUUGCAUGUGGAGGUUGUAGCUGAAGCCAAUGGUAUGAAGGUUUUGGUUGAUGCCAUACUUGAACCUUCGUUUCAGGACUUAGCAGACUCGCUGCUAAUGACGCUACUCCUUGUGCUAAACGAGCCGUCUACUCGCAAAUUUAUGGAACCUUUUGUGGACUCACAGGUGUUGCUAGCACCAUUCACGGAUACUGAUUUGCCAGCAGGAAAUGAGAGGCGACAGCGAUGGAUGGCUAGUCGAAACGCUAUUGUUAUGAUGAUGCGGUCUUGGACGGGAAUAGUGGUGCUAACGAGCAAUCCACAGGGGCUACAGUCGCUUAUUCAGUUGCUAGUACGACCUGUAGGUGAGGACGUGCAAAAGGCUGUUCUGUCAACUAUUUGUGAGAUUUUUUAUAAAAAGACAAGUUUUGACAAGUCAGCGACCGAUGUAGCAGAGAUACCUCCUCUCACCAUCACUUUGUCGAGUGCCGAGCAAUUACCUCUUGCUGCCAAUCACAAUCUUUUGGAUAGUUACACGGUCGUCAUAUUGCUUGCUAUGAUACACUGUGGUAUUCUUGAAGCGUUGAUCACGCUAGGAACUGGACCAUCUCGAGCUUUGGCGGAACCAGCUAUUGAUCUGCUAGCCGAUAUCUUGCGUAUGGCUUCACGUCUGUUGCCCGAUCAGCACUGUGCGUCAAUGCUUGCACUCCCGCGAUUAGUCUCGGCAACCUCGCUCACAACUACCACAACGAUGUCUUUGUGUGACCAUGCUGAAAGCUUAUUGGAGCGUCUACAGCGAGAGAAAUCGAUUCGAGCAAGUGAAAUGCUCGGCGAGCUGGCAAAUGCCGUAGGUGCCAACUCUGGCAGCAUUGCUACACGAGGUGUGUCACUUGUUUCAUACGGUGGUAGCGGUGUGAACGGUGUGCAGCUGGCAUCCGAGCUACUGCGUGACACGAAUCGGCCUUCGAAUCUUCUAGCCUUGCAGCAAAUCGCAGGCGUUGUACGUCUUCCAGCAUCAAGUGGCGGCGGGGGGAUAUCCGGAAGUAGUGGUAGCUCUGCAAAUUAUGCCGUUGCAUCUCUUUCCACACAACGUGGCACAAAGAACGCGACUGCACAACUCAAAGAUAGUUUGACAUCGCGUGAGCUGAUGGUUCUCGAGCUUAAGCAGUCGCUGGAUGCACAGAUGGAUGACAGUACGUUUAAAGAUAUGCUACACAGCCGCUCACGUGUAUUAACGGAUAAAAACUACAAGAAUUGGAACUGGGACAUCAUUUCUGAAAUGCUCGAAGGGCCAUUGACUAAUCCGCAGCGACUUUCGGAGGCUAUGAAAACAAAGUUUUUCAAACGGUUGUCGGGAUUUUUUCGUUGCGAUCAGGGCAACAAAGGUUAUUUCUCUAAUUUGUACUGGAUUCCGGAUCACGUGCCAUAUCUUCGCCCAGCCUGCCAGAUGUAUACGUUACUAUUAAAUCAUCCCGAAGGUUUGCUUUUUCUUAAGACUGAUCGUCGUGGUCAGCUGCUUACUGAGAUUUCAUCUGCACUCGAGCUUGAGGCUCGCCCUGAGGCUGCUAUCGUAGAAUCGCAUAUUGGUGUGUUGAAAGCGCGCAUGUUUUCACCUGACUACGUCUCUCGGCGUAUGCUUCGCGAAUACUUUACCCUUUUGGGAUUGAUGAGUUCGAGCAAGGAAGGUCUGAAGAUGAUGGAACAAUCAAAUUUAUUUCAGCGGCUAUACGUCAUGGGCACGACAAAGGGUCACGACUUUUUGUGUCGCCUGAUACUUGCCAACUUGGAUUACUCAAUUGAUGGCAGUUCUCGCAAGCUGCUUCAGUCCUGGAUGAUGGAAGGAUCUAAGGCGCUACGUUUGUAUGCAACAUGCUUGCUUCGCGCUCUACUGCGUUCAGAAGUAGCAGACUUUGACAAGUGGGGCAUUGAUGCACUUCUAACUCAAUUAACACAGGAAGAGGAGGUCGCCAAGGCCGCCCUUAGUGUUUUGGAAGAGGCUGCUGAGACCCCACCGUGCCUUUUAGCGAUGAUUUUGAAGCGACCAGUCAAAUUAACUCAGCUAAAGGAUAAACGUGCUGAGUCGCUGCUUCUCAAGUCGCUUUCGCUAGCUGAAGGACUUAAUUUUCUGCGAGAUACAGGUGACUGGAUUCCAACUACACUCGCCGCUUGGCGUCGUGAAAAACACAUAUCGUAUGUACAUGCUGUCGAGCACGCAAUUUUCCGAGGAUUGCAUCGCGAUGCAGCUGGUCGUGAACGUGGUUCAAGCAACAGCUUGAACACCCGUCAAACUUGCGCUCCCACACCCAUUCCGGUAAACGUACCAAUGAAGCGAGGUGGUGGUGUGGGACUGAAACCACCAAGUGGUGGAAGUAGCCAGCGGUCCUUGUGGGGAUUGGAUUGGCUUUAUCGUAUGCCCUGGAAUAUGGAGGUAAAGAUUGUCGGUCCUCCGGGAAGCGGCCCUCCUUCAAACCUUAUCUUGGAAACGUAUAUUGAUGGUGCUAUGCGCGAGGAGGAUGAAGCAGCCGCGUUUGAUGAGCUUCGUAUGAACUCUAUCCGCGUCAAAGGGAUUGUUGUGGAUGCGCGUAAUAUGCCACAACCUGUAGUGGUGAAUUCACAGCAAACGCUGCAGGCAUGUUUGUUUCUAGGCACGCAACCAGUUGAUCGACGCGGCUUCACCAAGCCGCCUCCACAGAGUAACGGAGGCUUCGUUUCAGCUGGUGGAUCUGCUACAGGUGCUGGCUCUGCCCUGUCAAGUGACACACAGCAGAAGAUGCUUCGCGCUCGUUCAGCUUCGAACUCAACUGGAGGGAGUAUGGAUCGCAGCUCGGAAACAAUGAUGUCAACGUCGCUGGAUUUUGCGGAUACUGGAGUUUCAUCGGCUGACGCUGCCAAAGAAGAGAAUAAGGACUGGAGCUCUUGCCAUCCUGAGCAGCGGUCACCGCAAUAUCUUACAGCACCGCAGUGUUCUCUGUGUGCCCCAGGUGAGCGUGCUGUUUGGAACUUUCGAGUCGAAAUGGACUCAGCGGCUGGUACUACCACUUCGAACGGAAGCGUUAAGCGCUUACUGCUCAAGUCUGUUGAAUUUACGUUACAAUUACUGCCACUACGCCCGCGGACCGUGCCAUUUCCAGUUCAUCUCUACGGCGAGUUGGCUAAGACCAGUGCUGGGUGUCAGAUCCUACAUACAUCUGGGCAUUUACCUGAAUUCCUUGCCUGUCUUCGGGAUGCCGCAAGUGUCCCGCUUGAAAAGCGCGCUGCAUUGUGGGCACUUGGGCACGUAUCCGCCACUCCACGUGGAUACGACUUGCUUAACCAUUACGCUCAAGACUUCGUGGAGAUGAUUGUAAAGUUAGCUACUGAUUCUCCGCUUGUGUCUAUUCGCGGAACCUGUUUUUUUGUCCUGGGUUUAUUGACGCGAUCAACUGCUGGCCGGAGACACCUUGCACGUCUUGGCUGGGAAGCGCCUCGUGAUGCGUCCCGCACUUCCAUCGCCGUGCCGCAAAACUGCACGUCGCUUUUUAUGUGGCCAUCUGAAUCUUCAACGCCCUGCCCGCUAACGCAGACGCCUGCAUCGCCUCUUCAGCGUCUGUUAAUCCGCAAGCGUGACAAGAUGCCCAACGAGUGGCGCGAAGUGCUCCGAUUUGUUGCUGAUCUAAGCAAUCACAUUACCCAAAAGGAGGCUCACGCUUCGCUGAACAAAUUGCGAUCAUCUAAGCCUGAAUUGUUCGAAGAGCCGAUGCUGUUGAUGUUCGCACACGCGUUACUGGAGAAAUAUAGUUACCGUCUAGCUUUACGUCAAUUCGUGCUAAACGCUUUUGACCGAGUAGUACUAACCGACGAUGUGCUUGAUAACCUUCGAAUGGAAGAUGAAGAGGAACAAAGCAAUCAAAUUCGUCCACGUGUACCAAAUGGACGUACUCUUCGACGGCGUCGGUCAUCACCUUCGAUUCCUUCAUUCACAACAUCCGUUCAGUCGCUAAAUGCUGCAAUGCAAGCAACAUCUAGUGUCUCGCGCCUGUCAUCUAUGCAGAACGGUUUCAAUACAGGUGGAAAUUUAGGCAACCAGCGUCCAACCGUGCGAAUAAAUGCUCACAAUGAUCCCAUCAAUCACACAGUCAUGCUCAAACGGAAUCGUAAGCGUUUGAUUUUUUCUGAAAAGACGAUCGCUGUUGGUGCUCCUGAAGCUGUUGUGUAA